CAAAUAUACAGCUUUUGUUUUUGGUUAGUUACUGAGACCAAAGCAUAAGCUAAAAGAAACACAAAAUACUACGUUAAAACAACAACCAAACUUCCAAUUCCAUGUCCGGAAACAUUCACGAAAAAUGACACAAUUUAGUAGAAAAACUGUUCAUGUCGAUAUUAAGUGGAGUAUACUAGAAAGGGUAUCGAUUUUUCGAAGAUUUUUUAGCUUCAUUUGGGAUAAAGUUGUUUUUUCUAUAGGAAGGCCUAUUCCGUAUAGGAGAUUGACUCGCCCGGAUUCAUCAUCAUCAUCUUCUCCGGUGGAAAUUGUGGUGGUCGACGACGGUAAGGCCUUGCCGGAGGAGGAUCAUCCUCCGAUGAUAUGUAAUGGGUACGAAGCGGAUUCCGAUUUGGUUAGUUUGAAGAUCAGUUUGUUAGGCGACUCUCAAAUUGGAAAAACCAGCUUUCUGAUCAAAUAUGUUGGGGAUGAACAAGAGAAAAGCUUACAAAUGACUGGACUAACUUUAGUUAACAAAACAUUAUUUGUUCAAGGUGCCAAGAUUGCUUUCAGCAUAUGGGAUGUAGGAGGUGAUAGUAACUCACUAGAUCAUCUUCCAAUUGCUUGUAAAAAUGCCGUGGCAAUCUUGUUUAUGUUUGAUCUAACUAGCCGAUGCACCCUUAACAGUGUUGUUGGAUGGUAUAGUCAAGCAAAGAAGUGGAAUCAGACAGCAAUUCCAAUAAUAAUAGGAACAAAAUUUGAUGAUUUUGUCGGCCUUCCACCAGAUUUGCAGUGGACUAUUGUGACUCAGGCAAGAGCAUAUGCCAGGGCAAUGAAUGCAACCCUUUUCUUCUCAAGCGCUACACAUAAUAUCAAUGUCAAUAAGAUCUUCAAGUUCAUCAUGGCUAAACUCUUUAACUUGCCAUGGGCAAUUGAGAGAAACUUGACCAUUGGGGAGCCGAUUAUCGACUUCUAAAAUUUUAUGUUAUUCGAAUUUGAUUUGGAUAUAUGUCGAACACAAGCAUAUGUUCAAUAAAGAUGCGUUCAAUUUUUUUUCGAGUU